AUGUUAAGAAAAAAAAAAAAAAGUUAUGCCGUUCCCAUACCGGGAGUCGAACCCGGGCCGCCUGGCCGCCCCCGCGGCCGCUGCCCCACUGGCGGGCACGAGCCCGGCAGAGCGCGCGGGCGUGGCGGGGGGGAGGAGCGGGCCGACGCGCCCCUGGAAAGUUCUGAGGCGAAGCCCAGCGCCCCGUGCGCUCCCGGAACCGGCGGCUGCGCCUUUCUUUCUCAGCCGUCAGGCGCCGCGAGUACCGCCCCGUGGGGGAGGGGAAGAGGCGGUGACACCGCGCGCGCGGAUUGGGCCGUCGAGGCUGCCGUAGGCCGCCCGCGGAAACGCCGUUCGGGGGACGCCGAAGCCGGGAGGUCCUGGCUUUCGCCACCGGCGGACAUCAGUGAACGGGCUCGCAGGCUACGGACGGAGCAGCCGCGAUCAUGUGAGUCGGGACGGGUUGGGCUUGCGUCGCGAGGCGCCCGCGAGCGGCCUCCUCCUCCCGCCCCUCCGCUCGCCCCGGGCCGCCCGACCUGCCAGGCCGGUUCUCUGGGAGAACGCGGCCGCCCUUUCGGCCUGAGCCCCGGACUCGGGUGCCGCCCCCGCCCGCCCGCCGGCUCCGGAGGCCUGGGUGACGCUGCGGCUGCAGAAGUCCUGUGGCUUUUCCCAGCCUCGCGUCCCCAGAACAAAUGA